CUGUUGGGCCUGCUCACCUGCCACCUGCAGUGUCUGUCUGGUCUCCUGAUCUCUGCUACAAUGAAGUUCAAACUGGACUGACCGUGGAGUCCAUGUCCCACUAUCAAAAUGGACCUACCUGGUUAUCAUCUACCCCAGCCCCAGCCUCUUGUCCACGACCCUGGUAACCACUCAGAGGAUCUGAUAAAUUUGGAGGGAUCAUCAACAUCUCAGGAGCAAAAGACAGAGGCAGACAGCAGACCAGAGUCAGAGGAGCGCUGUCCCGUCUGCGGAGACAAAGUGUCAGGAUACCACUAUGGACUGCUCACCUGUGAGAGCUGCAAGGGCUUCUUUAAACGUUCAGUCCAAAAUAACAAGCGUUACACCUGUGCAGAGCAACAGAGGUGCCCCAUGAACCUUUCUCAGAGGAAACGUUGUCCAUUCUGCCGUUUUCAGAAGUGUUUGGCUGUAGGCAUGAAGAAAGAAGCGGUCCGAGCAAAUCGUAUGAGGGGUGGCAGAAAUAAAUUUGGCCCUCUCUAUCGCCACGACAGACAAAUGAAACAGCAAAAGGUGUAUCACCAAGCAAACACUGCUCCCUACAGGAUUAAGGUAGAAACUGCACAAAUACAUGGUCCCCAAGCUCCAGAUGACAUUCAGCUGACAACCAGCCACAUUAGUCAUCCAUCAUCUUCUGACGCUAUCAAUCAAUCCCACAUGUAUCCUUCUUGCAUGAGGCAGUCAGGUGAACCCAUGCCUCUGGACUGCACUGUGAACACAUUCAAAGGUCUCACUCCGCCAUCCCUACCUUACACUGGACUGUACCACUGCACCUUCCCUGGACACCCCCAGGAGAAACUAGAAAUGCCUUUUAGCUACAGCCCAGCUACUGUAAACUAUACAGUGCAUUCAACCCCAAACACUUUAUUCACACCAAGAAGUUCACUAGAAUCACCAGCCUAUUCAACAAGAAGCUCAACUACCUUUGUUUCCCAGACUCCCACCCAAACUCCAACCAACCCUUCAUCAGCCUGUCUUACACCGAACUUCUUAAGUCAACUCCUGGAGGGUGAACAGGAUGAGAGCCAGCUGUGUGCCAAAGUUCUGGCCAGUCUUCAGAGAGAACAGGCCAGUCGAGGCAAACAUGACUGUCUGAAUACAUUCAGCAUCAUGUGCAAAAUGGCUGACCAGACUCUGUUCUGCCUUGUGGAGUGGGCCAGAAACAGUGCCCUCUUCAAGGAGCUCAAGGUGGAAGAUCAAAUGGUGCUGUUGCAGAGCUGUUGGAGUGAGCUGCUGGUACUCGAUCACCUGUGUAGACAAGUGACCUAUGGCAAGGAAGGCUGCAUAUAUCUGGUCACAGGACAACAGAUUGAGGUAUCAACCAUCAUUUCCCAGGCAGGAGUGACACUAAGCAGCCUGGUAUCGAGGACCCAAGACCUAGUGUCCAAACUUAAGGCACUCCAUUUGGACAGACAUGAGUUUGUCUGUCUCAAAUACCUAGUGCUAUUUAACCCUGAUGUGAAGUCAGUGUAUAACCGCAGGCAGGUGGAGCAGACUCAGGAGAGAGUCAACAGGGCGCUGAUGGAGUACACUCAGCAAAGUCAUCCAGGACAUUCAGACAAGUUUGGUCAGCUGCUUCUUCGGCUGCCUGAAGUUCGCAGCAUUAGCUUGCAAGUUGAGGACUAUUUGUACCAGCGCCAUCUUCAAGGAGAUUUGCCCUGUAAUUCCCUACUUACAGAGAUGCUGCACACCAAGCACAGCUAAGAAGACAUUAUCGCUACUCAAACUCCAGUGAUAACAGAGUAGCCAGAGUAUGCUGCUGUAAAGUUUGGUACAUGUCUUUCACAUCCGGCUAUGUGAUCACAGAUUGUCAGUGAAUAGAAGUAUUUGCUUACCCAUGCAAUGCUUUGGCAAAGUCUCUAUUAUCUGCAGUAUUACCACAGCCAAACAGCCCAGUAAUUUCUUUAACAGUAUUCUUGAGAAAUCCAUGAACUAGCACGAUGCUUUCAGUAAUAAGGAUGAGCUUAACUGUUCAAA